CAACAACAGCACAACACUCACACAGACGCUCCUCAGACACUAGUGAAUAAAUCAUUGGUUGACGAUCAGUCAUGGCAAACACGGGUCUUCAGGUGAUGGGUCUGGUCCUGGGCGUGGCAGGCUGGGCGUUCGGGAUCCUGGUGUGCGUCGCCCCCUGGUGGCGUGUGUCGGCGUUCGUGGGGGACGAGCUGGUGGUGUCUCAGGUGCUGUGGGAGGGGCUGUGGAUGACGUGUCUGUCGCAGUGGGGCCGUCUGCAGUGUAAAGUCUAUGACUCCGGCCUCGCCCUCUCAGGCUCCGCCCAGAUGUGCCGCGCCCUGUGUGUGCUGUCGCUGCUCCUGUGUCUGCUGGCGCUCAUGCUCAGCGUGACCGGGCUCAAGUGCACGCGCUGCCUGGGGGACGCGCACGAGACCAAAGCGCGACUGGGGCAGGUCGGCGCAGCGCUCUUCCUCGCGGCUGCAUUUUUCUUCCUUUUGCCGGUGUGUUGGACAGCGUAUGUGGUGAUACGAGAUUUCUACGACCCGAAUGUCGCCGCACCGCUUAAACGAGAACUCGGACCAGCGCUCUACCUGGGAUGGGGCGUGACCGUGCUGAUGCUGGUGGGCGGGGCUUUGUUGUAUUUAGGCUCCGCCUCCCCUGGAGUUCCAGCUGUGCCUGUUUUCGGAAAAGGCGCCAAAGGAAACCCUCCAUCCACAGCAGAGAUCAAACCAGAGAAGGUCUUUGUGUAAGACAGCGUAAAAGACACCAGCCUGGAUAAACUGUGUCCGUGUGGUCUCCUUUAAUCUGCAGAAAUAUUAUCAUUUACUCAAUAUUUUUUCUGUGUAACACAAAAGGAGAAUUUGCAUAAUUAUAGAUUUCUUGUUUCUUCUUUAUUAUCCAUUUUCAUAGACAUUUGUAUUUGGUUUUCAAUAUGGCACAUUAUAAACAUACAGUAUACAGCAUAUUCACAACACAAAAAGAGUUAUAGAUGAUGUUAGGAUACUUUUGUGACACUUUUAAAAUUAAAACUCGACAACUUGUCUUAAUGUGGAAAAGAGCUGUCUAGUGCUUUUCAUGUGCAAGGAUGAAACAAAAUUGCUUUAGAACAACUUGAAGGUAACUGACGUCAUUUUGUUUUCAGAAAGUCCAUUUGGAUAAGAAACCUGAAUCCAGCAUACACUGAAUUGUGUAUUUGAAUACAUUUACAAGACUUUAGAAGCUUAUUUUGUUUUCUGAAGGAUUUUGUAUGUGUUAUAUGAAGGUCAGUAGUUAGGUUAUUCAGAUUUUGUUGUUGAAUCACUGCCUCAC